CGCAAAAAGAUAAAACAAGUUGACAUAAUUUAUGUUGCUCUAUUCGUGAUGGCGUCGGUGUACGCAACGGUGGAGCCGCAGUUCACGCGGGAGCUGCUCUCGCCGGGAUUGCGCGUGGGUUACACGGACGAGGGUGGUGUGUGGCAGUUCCUGGCGCCUUCUCUAGCGCAGCGCCUUCCACUUCGCGCCAUCGAGUGGCGCAACCUCGUAGGAGUGACCAAACGCAUCGAACAAUUGCCGCUGCACUUUGACGAAAUCUCGAUUAAAAAUGUGAAGAAAGACCUACCGCAUGCCUGCAUUUACCUGGUCAAAUGCGAGGAUCUGGACAGCUACAGGAGCGUGGUGCGGCCUCCAUUGGUCGCGUGGGUGGACGCCAUGACGGCUGCCAAGGUGGAAUGGCUCGUGCUCUACGUACCGCUGGGAACACGUCCCAAAGCCGCUGGAAACGUACCCAACCCCGUUUACAGGAAGAUCUUUGACAGGUUACGAACUGAUUUCACCCAUAGGAAGGGCGGGCCACUGUUGGGUGGGGCUAUAGGACCGGCCUCGACCCAUUUGGCUUUGCAGGAGAGAGUGUGCAAGAUCGACACGUUGGAGGUGACAAGUGUAUUAGGACAGCAACAACAGCACGAGUCUCAAUGGACAGAAUUGCUACUGAGACUGCGGCAUUGUGUCAUGGACGCAUUCCAGACCAAAUGUUUCCAGUACGAGGAGAGUCUCAGAGUGCUGGAUGCUAAACGUGGAGCAACUGGGUGGGACUUUGGAGCCUUCUUUCUGGCUAAAGAGAGACUGGCGCUCAUGUACCAGCAAAUGUAUCUACAGGACGAUGCAAUUAGACAUGUAAGGAGAUGACGAAGAAGGAGGAAAGUGGUUGGUAUUGACGUAAAAAUUGUUGCUAUUUGUUGGCCAGUUGGACGAGCUGGACGCAAUUUUCGUCAACUUAAACGAGACAGAGAAGCAGGCGUUCCAAGAUGGCAGCAAGACCUCGUUUACAUCACAAGAUCCGAUUUUCACGCAGUCUCCAUUGGCGUUGGACCUAACUGAGACCCAGCAACUGAUUGCUUCGAAUCGCGCUUCAGCUCACCUUGUCUCUCUCUACUGUUUCUGUCGACAGAUCCGCACGCUUUACGUUAUGGGGAGCUUCCCACAGCUACUGACGCGUGUCAGCUCAUUUAUCGAGGCUUUUCUUGCAGAGUUGAAGGAAAUGGCGUCGGGAAACACGCUUGACUGGCAUCAGCCAUUUCUUUGGGCAGUAGGCGCCUGCAUGGAGGUUUCCUAUGCGUGUGAACUCUCGUGGAGCGGCCGUGACGAGGAAUGGACUGCCUCUAGCGUCUCCGUGCAAGCGGCACAAACAAUUCCGGUUGAAGAAAUGUCCCGUGCACUUGGGAACGUAUUGUACCUCGCACGUCGAUUGCUGAAGAACUUCGCAAGGUCUAACCGAUCCCGGAAUGACCUUCGUGUGUCCUUCUCGAGCAUUCCACAUGAAGAUACUGAGGCAGAGUCUUCGCUGAAAUGGUAUCAGCAACUGGAGCAGGUGUUUGUGGCUCCGAAAUCGCGACGAACUGAUGCCUGCGAACCGUACGAGCGUUGUCUGUCAGAGGUGUCACACUUAGCCUCCAUGUAUUUCUCGCAGUCUGGACGACAUCGGUUUGCUGUAUUUCUUGGAGGGGAGUGCGCGCGUUACCAUCUAGCGCGUGGGGAAUUCGAGAGCGCAUCGAGACUCUUACGGUCGCUGGCUCGACAAAGUGAAGAAGACGGGUGGUGGACGAUCUUUGGUGCUUGUGUGCGUAGUAUCUGUCAAGCAGAGCUGGCGUUGGGACGAUCGACACAGGCAGUGGCUGCAUGCUUCAGCAUGUUGCAGCUGGCGCAGGAGGAACAGGUUGGUGUGAGUAAAGAAGAGAUGGAACAACUUUUGGUUGCUCUUGUGGCGAGUCUUGAUAAUAAGAGCGCAGGAGGGAAUACAGUUGACUCAACAGAAGACAACAAGAUAUCCGGCAGCGAGCCUAGAGUCAACAUGGGCGAACUAUUCAGACCGACAGUAGCUGUGGAGACAACGCGAUCAAGUGGAAGUGCAUUAGAACAUGGAGAUAUCCGUGUUACACUUGGUAUUGCCAAUGAUUUCCCCGCGGGAGUACAUCUGGAAAAAGUUCGUAUUCGAUUUACGAGGGCACCAAUCGGACACGAAAACCCCCAGAAUGAUGAACCUCUGGCUUCGAUGUCACGACGCGUUAAUGAACAGGAAACAACCCCAGAGUCGCGUAUUGUGUCUGCAGAUUUAUCAUCAGAUACGGAGCACGAUCAGCUAUCCGAAGGCCGUUCUGUUGAGGCGGAGAUAGCGACGAUACUUCACAAAGUUGUUGAGAAUGUCCACAACGAGAUCGAAUACGACACGGGAUUGCUGCUAGAAGAGAAUGACGUCCAUCUCGAUGAGAAAACAGGCGUGAAUUUGGUGUUUCUUCACUCAGGUAUCCCGAUGGGGCAUUACACUUGUACGGGGAUUGAAUGCGUCCUUGCGGGGAGCACCUUUCGCUUGCUUCCUCCCAGUGCGCUUGCUCUCGCUAGUUUCGACAUUUCUGCGAAGGAAAGCACAGUUCAAGUUGCUAUUGAUGGUGCGCCAUUGCUGGUGCCAAGACCACUGGCUCAAGUGGAAACGGUUCUUGUCUCUAUCCAGGCGAAUGAUGAUAUGGUGGCGAACGGAACGCUACAAGUGCGUGUAUUUAAACAUACCAGUAAGAGUAACCAGACUGGGUAUAUGAUCCACGAUAAUGACGAGGAGCUAGAAGAGGAGAACGAAAGCGGUGAAGAAGAGUGUGGCAUCCAGUUGAUUGGGGCAAAACUAGGUGACUCAAAUAUUAGCAUCACUGACGAAGAACCAAGCAGCAUGCUGAGUGUAGCUCUACCGACGCUACCCCGUGGAGGUUCUCUGUCAUAUAUCGUAUAUCUCGCAGUGCCUCCAAUGAAUCGAAUAGAUCGCAGCUCCGAACCAGACGAUGAGAACGAUGACGUCUCUAGCGCUACUAUUCGAGCAAGUGUACGGUAUCACCGAGGAGCUACAGGUGCGAGCUCUCCAACAACGACUACAGAAAUCCGAUGUGCUGAGGCAACUUUCCGCGUGCUGCAGCCAUUGACAGAGAUGGUGCGACUUAAACGCGUUGGAGCACGGAUCUUCGCCUCCAUCGCUCUGACAUGCAAUCCAUGCAUCCCCGUUCUGAUCCAAGACUACAAAAUGGUAUUUUCCCACAAAGACACCGACGUUCCUGUGCAGAGUGCGUUGGUUACCGUGGAGGAGGAUCCGAAUAUGAAGCUGCGAGGGACAAAGCUGCGUCCAAACGACUGUGUACACUUCGCAUUCACCCUAAUUUGCAGUCCAGAUUUCGAGAAGGAACGUAACAGCUCCUGCUCGCUUCAAUUGGAGCUGAAAUAUGACGAAGCCUGGUUGAAAACUGUGAAUAUUCAGUUGUCACUGGCAGAAGUCGAAGGAAAACGCUACCGAAUCGACGUGUUGCCUAGAGGACAUGACACAACACACACGCUUUCUGACGAUACGGUUGAGGCUACUGCGAGUGAGCCGAUGACGUUCCAGAUCCACGUGCAAGAGGAGGUUUCGAUGUCGAACAAGGUUGCGUUGACGGAUGAUUCGAGUGUAUUAUCACUGUGUCUGAACGAGAGCAGCGAGCGAGACUGGAUCCUCGUAGGAAGACAACUCGAACGCUUUACGUUGGAUCCCUGUUCCGGACACCACAGCGAUCGCAGACGCGAGUUCAGCACCCAGAAAAGACUCUUAGCAACUCGUACAGGCCAACUACGCUACCCUGCGUUCCACCUUGAAGUAGACGGUCAAAGUAUUCCAGCAGCACGAGUUCACUGCCAGCAGAGCAGUCGACGAGUGAUUGUUCGUGAGAGUGUCUAAGGUGGAGUUCUCUACUAUGUAGUAAUUGAUAAGUACUUCAUGAUGCUUCAACAUCGGGAAGCACCAGUUUUUAUGCCACAGCGUCGUCGGCCAGAAUGCCGAGAGCACGCAGCUCUCGCUGUUUGUCUUCGCAGUUGACGUACGAGUCGCCAUUGCGGAUAUGCCACAAGGCGCCACCUAGAUUCACACCCCAUGCAGCUCGAGGAUACGGCACCUCAGGAGGCACAGAAAACUUGGUGCUCAUCGACGCACACGUACCGCCGUGCAGCUCGGCAUACGCUCGGAAAGCUGGCAGCAGCACCUCGUUCCAACGCUGAUCGUUCGAGCGCCACACGAAGCCAACCUUGUCCAGCUCUGCACGCAACUUAGACGACAGCGCCACCUGACCUGAACGUACGCGCGUGAUCCACUGACCAAGUCUGAAGCCUCGCGUAAGCACUGGCCAGUUCGGGUCACGAUCAGGUACCACGAAGUCCGUUGUCACAAGAGCGUCACUGCCGUGCAGUCUCCGAUACGUGGUCAGAGCUGGGAUCACCACACUGCGCACAGUCUUCUCCACACGGUGACGUGCAUUCCACACAAAGCCAAGAGCAUCCAGCUCUUUACGAGCUGUCUGCACCUGAGAAUCGUACGCUCCUCGACGGAUAUUCUUGACUGUAUCUCCCAGCUUCAGCCCCCAAGAAUCUUUCGGCCAUGGCUCCCCCGACGGAACCACAAAGUCCUGCGUCACAUCGCAGUGUCCGUAUUGAGCGGAGAACACCUCGAGAGCCGGGAAAAUGCUCUCACCCCAGACCUUAUCAACCAGUCGGAACGAGAAACCCAGCUCGUCCAGCUCCUGUCUAGUAUCCCGAACCUGCGUCGCGUAUUUUCCCGAUCUUACCAUGUACACGUGUCGUCCCAGCAUAUAUCCUUCUAAAGUCUUAGGCCAUCUCGGGUCUUCCUCAUGUUUCGGGAUCGUAAAGGCCAGCGGAACGUCGGCAUUUCCAUGUAGUUCCUUAUAUUUCCGCAGUCCAGGCAGGAAAAACUGGUACCAUUUGGUGUCUCGCACUCUCCAUACGAAUCCCAGUUCAUUGAGUGCGUCGACCUGGUUCUUGGGUAGAGGGGGUAAAACCGCGCUCG